UAUCACUCUUCCCCCGUCUGUGAGUCUCUCCCUCCCUGUGAGAGGUUUUUUUUUCUCUCUCCCACUACCCGUCUGCCUCUCUUCCUAUGAGUGUAUUUCUCAGUUCCUUUCUGGCUGUCAGUUUUAUCCCAACUGGAAUAUCUCUGUCUCCCCUUCACCUAUCUGUCUGUCAAGUCUCUCUCCCAGGGAGUGUAUCUCAGUUAAUUUCUCCCCCCUCCCCAACACCCCCGUCCCCGGUGGAAUGUAUCUCAGUCUCAGGGGAGCCCUCUAGCGCUGCGCUGAUCUGAGCGGAUUGCAGUUGGAGCGGGGGCAGCGGGCAGCGAGUUGCUGGAGUUGCAGCUGCUCCCGGAGCUGAGGAGACCUCCCGUGGGCUCGGAGCAGCCGCGGGUCCCCGGAGCCGUGCGAGGAGCGAUAUCAUGACAGGAUAAGCUCGUCCUGAUGCCUCGGACCGUGCCAGACACCGCCUGCCUCCUGGAAUGACAGCGUGGGUCAUCCUGCCCGUUAGCCUGUCCGUCUCCACCAUUACAGCUCUCUGGGUCGUGUAUGCGGUGGCAGUACGGAAUCACCAUGUUUGCCCUGUGGAUAACUGGAUUUACAAUGAGUCAUGUGGCUCGGUCUCUGUGCAGGGAGGACCCAAACUAUGUUGCACCUUAGAUGAUAUCCCAUUGGUCAGUAAGUGUGGUACCUCCCCUCCUGAGAGCUGCCUCUUCAGUCUGAUCUGUAGUGUCGGGUCCUUCAUGGUGAUGUUGGUGGGUUUGUUACGUUACGCUCAGGUGAUGGAGAGACACCAGAACUCCUUACUGAACACAGCAGCGUUGGUCACUUGCUGGAUCUGUGCUGCAGGCCUCAUCGUCGUGGGAAAUUUCCAGGUUGACAAUGCCAAAGUGCUACACUAUGUUGGUGCUGGAGUGGGGUUCCCCAGCAGUAUGCUGUUCAUCUGUUUCCAAUCGGUGCUCACUUACAGGAUAGCAAAGAACUCCCUGGACUACCAGAUCGGCCACUGCCGUGCAUUCCUCACCAUUGUGGCCUUCAUCAACCUUGUUAUGAGUGGGGUCUUCUUCAUGCAGGAAAGCUCCCAGCUCCAGCAUGCGGCAGCUAUAUGCGAGUGGGUUUUCACCAUCAUCAUCCUCAUUUUCUAUGGGACAUUCGCUGUGGAGUUCGGCUCCAUCACUCAAAACACCUUCCUUGAAAUGCUGGCAAAGAGAGACAAGAAGACAAACUGUAAAGCAGACACCAAUAUGGCUCCCAGCUCAGGCAUCAGCCGUACCCAAGAGGCCAUUGCCAUGAUCUAAGCUUCGAGAUCUCCACAGACAGGUCGAACUAUAACUCUGUCGUGAAUGGGGUGGGGCUGGGGGGGCGAUAUCUGUGGAGCAUUACUGCCUGUCGGAAUGGAGGGGGAGAUAAAUCAUUAAAUACCUCAGAUCCUUCAGCAAACCAGGGAUACUGUUACACAAAAGCCAUCACAAAAGGACCAAACCUCUCCUUUCUCCAAUGAUAUUUUUGGAACCUUUCUAUGGAAUUUAAAUUUUUUUUAUAAAGUUUGAUUUUUAUAACAGAAAUGAAUUAUAUAUUUUAUGACCGCAAGUAAUUCGACAAUUCAGAGUAUUGUGAAAGACAUUUGAUGUCUUUAAGUUACUUGUAAUACUGAUCCAUUUAAAUGGGACAGGUCAACUCUCAAACUGAAAUGAUAAAGUUCACUUUUUAAAAUGUAAUUUCCAUUUAUCGGUAGCUGAUCUCAGUGUGUUUACAAGUUAUCUUUCACAUUUAGGCUGAACAGGGGAGACCGCUGUUUCUAAGAUAUUAGCAUUUCCACUGCUGGGGAGUUGAUUAUGGCCAGGAGCAGGUUAAUCAGUGAAGAAAUCUCACUCUGGAUCGAUGUAUUCCCACCCUCUCUGCCCUGACCCUGCAUCCACCUCCUUCCCCCAUUCCGUGCGUCUGUGUUGUUUUAACUGAUCUAACCUCUGCCUCCGCCAGCCCUUCUCUCUCUCUGAGAGGAUGUGUCUGAUACCACAUUCUCUCAGAAGCCUUUGUAUUGACCCUUGUAUCCAUUGAACCUUGCUCUCCAUAUUUUUCCAUGAGUUGUUUAUCCUUGUUCAAUCCUAAACCUUUCCAAGGUCUCUCUGAUCUGCAUCUCUUGCAUGCCUGAUUUCAUUUCCUGCCCAUUUUUGUGGGCCUCCAGCCAACUAGUCCCUAAGUUUUGGAAACCCUUCAGAAAUCUUCACUGCCUCUAUCUCUCUUCCUCAUCUCUUCAUCACAGACCUUAAAACCAUUGAUUAAACUUAUUGUUCCCUGUCUUAGUAUUUCAUCACGCACCAAAUUUACUGAUAAUUUUCCGGUGAAAACUCUGGGACAUUUUUACUGCGUUAAAGGUGCUAGAUUAACACAGGUUAUUGUUGUGUCAGAUUUUGUACAGUUGACGACAAUUUCUGAUCUUCAUGUGGUGCAAUCUGCUGGCAUGUGGCUAUCUGUAGGGCCUAAGUCUCUUCUGUGUGUGACAAACAGUUAGUCCAUCUGAGUUGUUGAAUAUUUUUAACAUGCAUGUACACAUUUUAAGCAAACAACCAUAUGAUCAGAAAUGUUGCUUACUGAUCAUUUGCUCUUGUAGUAAAUAAACUACAGCUCCAGCCAUCUUAUCAUCA